AUGACUUCACUCAUGGAUGACGUAUUGAACGACGCCGACACCGACAUCAUGGCAGCACCCUUUGAUCCAGAAGCCUUCCAACAAUGCGUCAACAGUUCUGGUUUCAAGUUCCGACCAUGGGAUCCUCACAGCAAGAGCGCUAUAAGAGGCCACUUUAUGUCUACAGUCGAAGCGAAGAAUGAUCAGCCCAUUGGAUUUGCGACCCAUCAUGAUUGGAUUCUUGGAAUACGGCCAUGGAAGAGAAAUCUAAAGGUGGUUGGACCAGAUAUUGCUUGGGGGUACACGAAUCGAUUGCCGGACAGUAUUUUCAUUCAAGUCUUGCAGCAGCAACGGUUCCACGAUCAUCUAUUACCAUGCAUACCGAAAAAUCAUCGCUUUGUCCUUGUGACAGGAGACGACGAUCGAUCGACACCCCGGCAGUCUGACAAACGAUACGAACCAGUCAUGAAACCUGGAACUUGGGACUCUUGGUUGAAAGACAAGCGGAUAUCACAUUUAUUUGUGGAACAUUUGGAUUCACCAGCGCCUGCCAGUCAAGUCACUCCCAUUCCGUUGGGAUUGAAUCCCCGAGAAUUCAAAAGUUUCACGGACGAGGCGGCUGUCAAAGAGUUGGAAGGUGCCGUGGAGAUAUCCAAGCGCAAACCCAUUAGUGUAUUAUUUACGAAUCGAGUUCGGAAUGGAGAUCAAUGGGUAGAGCGGGGUCAAGCAAGGGAUUUGUGCGAAGCAUUGCCUCAUUGUACAGAAGCUAGGAUUGAUCAGACAAAUUUUCUACGAGAAAUCAAGAACCAUACAUUCUUGAUUUGUGUUCACGGUGGAGGUGUGGAUCCAAAUCCGAAUCUAUUCCAGGCCCUUAUAGCUGGGGUCAUACCAAUCAUGGCACCCUUCCCGGGUGACUCCAUGUACAAGGGCCUGCCAAUAGUGGUGACGGAUGGGAAAUGGAACGAUCCAAACUCCAAAUUUUUUUCACCGGACUACUUGUCAGCCCAAUUGGAUGAGCUAGCACCUUUGUUUGAAAAUCCAGAAAAGCGGGCCGAGGUGGUCGAACGACUGACUAUGAAAUAUUGGUGGAACAAGGUGGAAAUUGAGAUCAACAAGAAUAAACGACUAUUACUCCCGUAA